GCUUUGUGAGUUCGUAACUAGUAUGUAUUGUGGUCCAAAAUUUAUGCACCUAACAAAAACAUUAUGACUAGUUGUUUUUUUGGACAGUAAAAUAAACAUUAUGGCACUGCCUCUUGAAACUAAAACCCAACAUUUAAGCAUAGCAACAUACUCAACUUCAGAAUCUCCCAAUAGCCAGAAAGGCCGCAAAAAUGAGCUUUACCUAACCCUCUGACCAUCCUUCAAUACAAACAAACAAAACAGUUUGUUCCUUUGUUCCUUGGAAAAUUAGCCCAGCUAUUUGGACUGCCGAGUUUUGGUGAAGGUUUGAACGUCUGCUGAAAAGUAGAUCAUUUUCGGUUCCAAGCUUUUUCUUUUUUUUUUCUUAUCUCAAAUUUCUAGCAAUGACGCCAAUGGGAAUUCUUGGUAUUCUGUUUCUGCUGCUUGCUUUAUACUGUGGGAUAGACCCUUUUAAGCACAGUGCAAUAUCUGAAUUUCCUGACUUUGAGGCUUACAAGGUGGAUAUGCCCUCAUGGGAACUGGUUCCGACGGUUAGGGACAAGGAUAAUUUGCUUCAGAAAUCAGAGAUUAAGUUCUUGAACCAAGUUCAGGGUCCUGAGAGCAUGGCAUUUGACCCUUUUGGUCGUGGUCCUUACACUGGUGUUGCUGACGGUCGUAUUCUCUUCUGGGAUGGUGAAAAGUGGAAGGAUUUUGCUUAUACUUCAAGCAAUAGGUCAGAACUAUGUAAUCCAAAGCCAUCACCACUGAGUUACCUGCCAAAUGAGCAUAUCUGUGGCAGGCCUUUGGGCCUCCGAUUUGAUAAGAACACAGGUGAUUUGUACAUUGCCGAUGCAUAUUUGGGGUUGUUCAAAGUGGGUCCAGAAGGUGGAUUAGCAACAUCACUCGUAACUGAGGCAGAAGGGGUGCCCCUGAGGUUUACCAAUGACCUCGACAUUGAUAACGAAGGAAACGUAUAUUUUACUGACAGCAGCAGCAAAUACCAGAGAAGGAACUUCAUGCAGCUAGUUUUUUCUUCUGAGAAUAGUGGGAGGCUUCUGAAGUAUAAUCUACACACAAAGGAAACCACUGUCCUUAUGAGAAAUCUCCAAUUUCCUAAUGGUGUAUCCUUAAGCAAGGAUGGUUCUUUUCUUGUAUUUUCUGAAGCAUGUACGGGCAGAUUACUCAAGUACUGGUUGAAAGGUGAGAAAGCAGUGGCUUCGGAUGUAUUUGCCAUCUUACCAGGAUUUCCUGACAAUGUCCGCACGAAUCAAGAUGGCGAAUUUUGGGUAGCAAUUCACUGUCGCAGGUCCACGUACUCUCAUAUUUUGGGAUUAUACCCGAAGCUUAGGAAAUUCGUUCUCAAGCUUCCCAUCUCUACAAAGAUUCAAUACCUGCUUCAGGUCGGAGGCAAGCUGCACGCAGCAGUUGUCAAAUACAGCCCAGAGGGGAAGCUGUUGCAGGUUUUAGAGGAUAGCGAGGGGAAGGUUGUGAAAGCAGUUAGCGAAGUCGAAGAGAAGGAUGGCAAGCUAUGGCUAGGGAGUGUUCUCAUGCCCUUUGUGGCAGUUUACAACUUGGCUUGAAUUGACAAUUCUUUUGCCAUCCACCUCGUUUAGGCUUUGUUUCCCCUUGAAAAGUUCGGAUGGUUGAAGAUCUGAACUAAGCAACUAUGGCAGUAUACACCUUUUAAUUUGAUUUCUAGGUGUAUCACUGCAAUUACAAGCAGGCUAUGUUAAGUAUUUCUUGUUGGAAAAACAAUUGAAAGAAACCCCUUCCCUGUCCCUGACUUGGUUUGUCUAAAACAUUCUGCUUGAAUAACCUUUUUUUUUUUUUUUUUUUCUUUUCUAGUCUAAUUUAGUCUGAGAUAUUAAAUAUGUGAGUUCAUU